AUGGCGCAUAUAAAGCCAGAGGGCCCCCAUCCAGAGGGCGGGGCAUAUCAAGUCUCAACCGCCAACGCUUCUUCUGUUCGAAAGGUUGAUUGGGGCGUUGACUGGCGUGACAAUCACUUGUUUGCUUUCUUAUCUGCAACGAGAAACCACGAACUGACCCACGCCAACUGCAUCAAGACGGAACAAUCCACCACAAGAACUGUCUUGCAGCAGACUCAGAAGUUACCUUCCGGUUUUAAUUUCAACCUUCCGGUUCCUCCAGUGAGCGGACAGGAGGAGCCCAGCAGCAAAAGCGAGUCAGAAGCCUCGUUCCACACAGCAAGGUCCGGACAAGGAGUGGAUAAGACCCCGGAGAUCGUACCCGGGCCAUAUAUGAUCCCAUCAGACAUAAUGAAGCAACAGACCUUGGAACGCCGCCGCCAGCUACUCAGCGGCGGUGGCAUGGACGUCGACUGCCUCGACGAGAUCAAAACCGCCCCGAUCUUCACCGAAACCGCCCGGCGCCAAGCCGAAAGACACGCCUCGAAAUCCAAUGCUAAAGGCCCAGUAUUCCCGCAGUACGGCCUCCUCGCCGGCGACGCGGGCGAUAGCAAAUCGGAAGAGCUUUUCUACUACAACGUGGCGGCGCCCUCGAGCACAUUCAUCUGCGGCAGCCAGGGGUCAGGCAAGAGCCACACGCUGUCGUGCUUGCUGGAGAACAGCCUAUUCACCUCAGCGGCGAACGAAUUGCCGCAUCCACUGACGGGAAUCGUGUUCCACUAUGACACCUUCAUCAACGACGUUCAGGGCAGCCCGUGCGAGGCGGCAUAUCUAUCGACGAACCCGGCUGUGAGCGUGCGUGUGCUGUGCGCGCCGACCAACGUGGCAACCAUCAGCCGGACAUAUGCGGGGCUCCCAGGCGUGACCAUCGAGCCGCUUAGCAUUAGAGAGCAGGACCUCACGACCAAGCGCAUGAUGGACCUGAUGGCAGUGAAGAAGGGCGACACCAUGCCGCUGUACAUGCACGUGGUCAACCGUGUGUUGCGUGACCUGCGCCUGCGCCAACAGCAGACAGGCGAGUCGUUCGACUACCGGGCUUUCAAGGCGCUGCUCGCCCGCGAGGACCUGACCGAUUCGCAGCGAUUGCCGCUCACACAGCGGCUCGAGACUCUCGAGUCGUUUAUGGCGUCAUCGGCUGAGGCCUUGCCGACGCUUGGGAAGAAGAAGGAGAAGAAGGCCGCCAAAGUGUUCAGGCCCGUGGGCAACGACUGGGCCCCACGUGCUGGCCAGCUCACCGUCGUGGAUCUCAGCUGCCCUACAGUAACGCCAGAAGGAGCGUGUGCGCUCUUCAACAUCUGCCUGUCGCUCUUCCUGGAGCAGGACGCCCGACGCGUGGGACGCGUCGUGGCGUUGGAUGAGGCACACAAAUACAUGAAUGAGAGCGGCGAGGCGUCGGCGCUGACGGAGCAACUGCUGGCCACAAUCCGGCUGCAGCGUCACUUGGGCGCGCGUGUCAUCAUUUCCACCCAGGAGCCCACCGUGUCGCCCAAGCUGCUGGACCUGUGCAGCGUCACCGUGGUGCACCGCUUCACGUCACCCGAGUGGCUGCGCGCACUGCGGCGGCAUCUGGCGGGUGCGGAGGAAGCAGCGGGGAUGCUGGCGCGGGCGGCUGUUGCUGCCGGUGGUGGCAGUCGGAGUGGUGCCUCGUCCGACUCGGGGGUUGAUGAUGUGCUGGAUGGGCUUAUCGAAGGGGCCGGCACAUCGAGCGCCGGACCAUCAAUGAGCCAGAGGCAGGCGGCGUCGAGCCUGUUUGCGCAGAUUGUGGAGCUGCGCCCGGGACAGGCGCUGGUAUUCUCGCCGAACGCCGUCGUGGGCGUUGAUGGUGAGGGCCAGGCGAACAAAGUAGGCAGUGGUGUGCUUAAAGUGUGUGUGCGGAAGAGAGUGACGGAGGAUGGAGGGAGGAGUGUCAUGGCUAGGUGA